UCUAGCUUUCUCUCACGUCUGCCUCACCACAUCCGGGCGGAAAAGAAGGCGACAGCCAACAUUAUAGUUUAACGUAUUUCCUGUGCAGGUCUUUGUCACCACUCAUAUAAAUCUGGUCGAACUCCAAGCUUCAUCAUGGUCAGUUACUGCCCAAUUUGUGGAAAGCCUGUCUACUUUGGUGAGAAGAAGCGCUCCCUGGGGCGGGACUAUCAUCCUCUCUGUCUCAAGUGCCAACUGUGCAAGAGACAGCUCACAGCAGGACAACAUGCAGAGCAUAAUGAACAGCCAUACUGCACACUUUGCUACAUGAAGACAUAUGGUCCCAGAGCUAACAGACCCACAGUACAGCCUCAUAGAACUUAAGAGAAGCACUCAACUGCAUCCAUCCACUUUUUGGAUGGAUCCGUCCGUCCCAAAGAAACACACCUGGACACAAACACAAGUGUUUGCACAGUCUCUUUCUGACUCAACCAUGGAGGGCUCAUGAAGAAAGGGUUGAAAACGGAUUCAUCACUCCCAAAAGAAUCAGCAACCUCUUCAAGACAGGAUGACACCCCAUGAUGAACUGUACCAGGAGUGUUUCCAAACCAAGAAACUGCUCAACAUUAACACCACUGAUAUUGAAAUAGGUCAAUAGCAGGACAACACCGUUAACAAACAUGACAAAGGAGAAGAAAACAUCAUAACCUGCAGAUUCACAGGCUUCUCUCUCUCUCACACACACACAUACUGACACAGAAACAUGGACUUGACAUUAUUAAAUUGUUGUAAACAUAGCUAAUAUCAGCAAGUACUGAAAUAUCUGUACUGAAAUAUCAAUAAAGUUUUUUUUUUUUUUAAACUGUCAUGUUCUUUAUUAGGGUUUUGAGUGAAGAGUUGCUAUCACAAAAUCAUAUGGUGGGCUCAGAGUGAUAUCACAGAGCAGAGACAAUGAUAAUUAAUCAUUCUGGUUUUAAUUAAAACCAAAAGCACAUUAAUGGACAUGCACAGAUACCCACAGAUGAACCGUAUACGUACAAGCUGAUUGCAAAAUCACUGUUUGUCUUUAAUACCUUUAUAUCAAAUUAACAUUAGGUCAAUUUUCUAUACUAUUGAAGGUUCAUUUGCCACAUACACAUUCACAUACAG